UUAUUCAAAGUUUCUGAUUUCCAUUUCAACCUUUUAUCCCUUUCUCUCUCUACUGCAACUGCAAGUUUUUAAUGGUUGCGUGAAUAAGAAGUCUGGUAUAUUGGUUUUUUCUUGAUAUCACUCUUUUUUUUUUUUUACUUGAAAUGGGCAAGAAAGAACAGCAACUGCAGAGAGAUCACAAAGCUAACGAGAAAGUUGAAGCUGUUCUCGAGCUUCUAAGAAAACAAACUCCACUCACACUGAAACAGGAGAAGUUUUGCAACGAUGCUUGUGUGGAACGGUUUUUGAAUGCAAAAGGUGAUAAUGUAAAGAAAGCUGCUAAGCACUUGAGGGCUUGCCUUUCUUGGAGAGAGAGUAUAGGCGCUGAACAACUAAUGGCAGAUGAGUUCUCAGCUGAGCUUGCUGAAGGACUUGCCUAUGUGUCUGGCCAUGAUGAAGAAUCUAGACCUGUUGUGAUAUUUCGCAUUAAGCAAGAUUAUCAAAAGUUCCAUUCACAGAAACUGUUAGCCCGGCUGCUGGUUUUUACACUUGAGGUGGCAAUAGGAACCAUGGCAAAAAAUGUCGAACAAUUUGUACUCCUCUUCGACGCAAGCCUUUUCAGAUCAGCAUCAGCUUUUAUGAACCUAUUACUGGCAACGCUGAAAAUUGUGGCUGAGUACUAUCCAUGCAGGCUCUACGAGGCUUUCAUAAUAGACCCACCUUCCCUCUUUUCUUAUAUAUGGAAGGGCGUCCGUUCAUUUGUUGAGCUGUCGACGGUCACCAUGGUGGUAGCAUCCCUGGACUUUGAGGAGUCAUUGGAGUUCAGUGACUUCUCCUCCUACCCUCGAGCCUCAUCCCUCCGAUUCGAUUCUUCGUCUAUCAAAUCAACGGCCAAGAUCGGUUCAUGCUCUUCUUCAAGGUUUUCCUUCACCGUAUCCCAUCAUUUUGACUCGCUCAAACCUUGGUAUCUGACCUUAACGGACGCGUCAACAUACAAAGUAGGACCCACCACUACCAGCCCCUCUCCUCUGGGCCCGGCUUUAAUCUCCCCAAAUAACGCCAGGUCUUUCUCCUUCGCAUCACCGGCUGUCCGAACGCCACACAAAAGCAGCAUCAAGGGUAGAAGCUCCGGCGGCGGCAGGUUAUUCCCAUCAACGCCGCUGCCACAGCGAGUGACCCCAAGUGAACCUAUGAAAAUUUCUCAACCCCGGACACCACGUCCAUCGUUCCUCCAUUCACCGGCCUCGUUUUUCAAGAAGGAGUGCCAUGUCAAUAAGACCGACAAGUCUCGAGAGUCGUUCUUGCCCUUUCUGAAGUUCUAUAGGCGGCCGUACGAUGAGAUGACAUACAGGUCAAAUAUGCGGCCCCCACUCGGUGGGCUAAUUUCAAUUGUUUCUUCUCACCUUAGACGACCCCAUGUGUCAGUAUCGCAACGGUUCUAAACGAAGUGAAGUAAGCCCCAUGCAAGCAGAAACACCAGACCUAAUUAAAAGCAAAGAGAGAGAGAGAGAGAGAGUAUAUAAGAGUGUUUAGUAUUUGAGUAUUACAUUAACCAAAGUGUCAAAUGUCAAUGGCAAUGACAGAAAUACUAAUAAUUGAUUAAUUAUUUGUUGAAGU